CUAUUCACUGUUUUCCCCUCUAUACGCAGGUGUUGCCGUUGGUGCUGAAUCCUCCGCUUGUAUUUCCAAGCAAACUGAAAUAUUGUUCGUUCAGAUUGACCUUUAAAUCGAAUCAAUCGACCGAUUUCUCUAGUGGCGUUUUGCCCCUUUACACUCGUCUCUAGAGGCGAGUGCAGAUCGAUGAUAAGUCCGUUUCACCCGUCGUCAUCGAUUGAAUGUACGUAUCUGUUUCCAGUAUACAAUGUUUAGUGGCUUUUUAUCUCGUCGUCUCUGUAUGUUUUCUGAAGCAGAGUAGGGUCACGCUGUAUUCCAGUCUUGAUGGGGCCUGGACCAGUCUCUGUUCUGUGAGGGUAGGGUAAAGCCAGAGCCAUGAAGUGGCGUACGAAUUCCGUUGCGUCCUAACCGUAAUUGUUAGCCGGAUAUUAGUAGAGAGUGGUGCUUAUAAGUGAAGAUUCGGCGGUAAAAGCGAAGCAUGUGCAGAGAAUGGCAAACAAGCGCGCUGCGCUGAGCCUGCAAUCAACACCGGACUCGUUCGGCGCAGGAGACCAUAAGAAACAAAGGAUCAACUCCGAGCCAGAUGUUGACUUCAUGAGCGCGAGCUUUGAUGCCCGGGCUGCACUUCGGGCUUCAGAAUUGACUCCUCCCAUUGCCCAAGCGACUGCGGUGGCGAACAUCAAAGCCGCGGAGAUGUUGCUACCAUGGGCCAUUCAGGAGCAAGUGGCUUCAUCUGCAAGCAACGAAGACCGGCACAGAUACAGCACGUCUUCGCAUGCCAACAGAGAUUUCGAGGGGAGUUUGAAUGCGGCAAGGAAUAAACAAUUCCGAAACGAUAUGGUGGCAGCAAUCGCAGCCAGCAAGGCUGACGCUGCUGCUGUUGGGGAUAUCAUCGAACAGAGAUUCACUGGAGGAUCAACCGUAGACGGGAUCCACUCUGAAAGCAUCAUCAACUCACUUCGAGGCUGGGCAAAAUCGGCCAGCCAAGUCAAGGUGCAUGUAAUAUGCCACGAUCUACUUCCGGGAGUGGGGGACAAGAAUUCUCGAGCACUGUUGGCUGGAACUGUACGGUGGUUCGAUGAAAAGCUCAACAUUCUCCUACAACCAGCUCGGCUGUUGGCUUAUCAAAAGGAUGACGGAACCACGAUCAACAACCCUCACAACCAGUUAGGCUGGGUUUAUAUUCGGUGCCAUCAGGUGGUCGCCAUCUCUCCACUGUCGGAGGUGUAAUGCUGUGAAGGAGGCUCUUCGUUGUACUUGGCGGACUGCUGUCAGGAAAUUGAACUUAUUAUGUCAAAAAGGGCCGUUAAAAUGCUUCUCUUUAGUUAUGCGGGUUGCUUGUCUUUGGCGUUUUUUUCGUGGUUACAAUUUGAUGUAAACAAAUUUUUCAGACACUUUCCCCACCUGUCCCAUUGACAAAUUAUAUCUUCAUGUCUUGCAAUCCUUAUCUGCGGUAUUGCAUGUACUCGACAUCGAGCAAUAACAACUUUGUCUUUAUAACGAAGCCUAUAAAGUGUUUUAAAGAAACACGGGAGGGCAGCUGUUAAACGGAAAAGAAGCUCGAAGAGUCUCUUUCACAGCGCACACACACUUUUCACUUGCGUUUCCUGGUACUGUGCUGGAACAUUGCACCCCGUCUUUAUUGUCAUGGACGGAACAUCCUGACAAACCCUAAAACAUAGCUGACUUUCUCUCCAGUUCAC